AUGCUCCAAAAUAUGAGCGUCUUCCUCGACGCAAAGUUCUGCUUAGCAGCCGCAGUCAGCACGACAAUCAUCUACUUUCUCACCAAAGUUAUCUACAAUAUCUACUUUCAUCCACUGAGCCGGUUCCCCGGCCCAAAGUCUCAUGCGAUCUCUCGCAUCCCAUACUUUCGCCGCGCGACCAACGGUACUCUCCCCUUUGACAUGCUUGAUUUACAUAAGCGCUACGGAGACAUCGUGCGCAUUGCGCCAGACGAGCUUGCCUUCUCCCAUCCAGAUGCAUGGAAAGACAUAAUGGGCCACAAGAACGGCCAACCAGAAAUGGCAAAAGCCAAUUGGUUCUAUCGUCCUCUUGACGAGCCGCUGCAUAUCGUCAACGAGGACAUUGGUGAACAUAAACGAUUACGCCGACAGAUGGCUCAUGGAUUCUCCGAGAAGAGCAUGCGGGACCAAGAACCAAUGAUCCGAAAAUACGUUGAUAUGCUAGUCGAAAGACUGCGUGAAAACUGUGAAAAGGGCAGUGUGGUCAUUUCUGAUUGGUAUAACUUCACCACGUUUGAUAUCAUUGGUGACCUCGCUUUUGGAGAGUCUUUCGGUUGCCUUGAGGGCUGCAACUAUGAUGACUGGAUAAAGGGUAUCUUCGAAGGCGCACACUUGGGCUCUAUACUGCAGGCUUUGUCCUUUGUCCCAUCGCUGAAAAAGAUUCUUUUGUCUCUGGUUCCGAAGAAAAUGCAGGAGGCUCAUCAGAAGCAUAAAGUCAUGACAAAAGAAAAGAUGCUUCGUCGGAUUGCUAUCACUGAAGAACGUCCUGAUCUUAUUGAGGGACUCCUGAAAAAGAAAGAUGAGCUGAAUCUUGAUGUGGAUAAAUUGGUUUCAAAUGCGGAGAUCCUGAUCAUCGGAGGCUCAGAGACAACUGCAUCCUUACUGAGUGGAGUCACAUAUCUACUACUACAAAAUCCCGAGGCUCAUCAAACCUUGAAAGAUGAAGUCCGAUCAACAUUCAACAGCGAGGAAGAAAUCAACUUGAUUAGUGUCAACCAGCUUUCCUACAUGCUAGCCUGCCUUGACGAAGCAAUGCGCAUGUAUCCUCCCAUCGCCAACGGACUACCCCGAGUUUGCCCAAAAGGUGGAUCUCAGGUUUUGGGAGAAUUCAUCCCAGAGAACACUAAUCUCUCUAUACACCAAUGGGCACUUUACCGUCGUGAAGAGUAUUUCAAGGAUCCUAACACCUUCCACCCGGAACGUUUCCUUGGGGAUACCGAGUUCAUGAAUGACCGACGAGAUGUCUUUCAGCCAUUCCAUCUUGGCCCAAGAAACUGCCUUGGAAGAAACCUUGCUUACAGUGAAAUGCGGUUGAUCCUCGCUUUGAUCAUUUUCAACUUUGAUAUGAAAAUCGCAGAUGAAAGUCGAAACUGGAUUGAGCAACGCAAUUUCCUCAUGUGGGAGAAAGGUCCUUUGAAAGUCCACUUGACCCCGAGAACAAGUGAUACUUAA